UGCAUCGCGGUUAAGUUUGAGCGCCCGUUGCUCCCAACGUGUUCCGAUUGUGGGCAUGUAUGUAUGAGCUCGGGCUGUGUUAAACAUUACCGUUUUAGCUCAGCGUGUUUAUACAAAUUUACGUUUUCUUCUCCGAGUCUUUUUCCUGCAUUAAUUAAAAGACCAGAGAAACGUCCGCUCAACGAAAAUGUCUUUGGUUUGUGCAAUCUCAAACGAGGUCCCGGAGCACCCUUGUGUCUCUCCGGUCUCCAAUCAGGUAUUUGAACGCCGCCUCAUAGAGAAAUACAUUGCUGAGAAUGGAGCUGAUCCCAUUAACGGACAACCUCUGUCUGAGGAGCAGCUGGUUGACAUCAAGGUCGCUCACCCUAUUCGACCAAAGGCACCAUCUGCUACCAGCAUCCCCGCCAUUCUGAAAUCCCUUCAAGACGAGUGGGAUGCAGUGAUGCUGCACAGUUUCACACUGCGCCAGCAGUUGCAGACAACACGGCAGGAGCUGUCACACGCACUCUACCAACACGAUGCCGCCUGCAGGGUUAUUGCUCGUCUCACUAAAGAGGUCACUGCUGCCAGAGAGGCUUUGGCCACACUCAAACCUCAAGCCGGAUUGGUUGCUCCCCAGGUUGCUCCUGCCUCCCAGCCUGCAGCAGUGGGUGCGGGUGGUGAGCCCAUGGAGGUCAGUGAACAGGUGGGAAUGACUCCAGAGAUCAUCCAGAAGCUGCAAGACAAGGCCACUGUCCUGACCACCGAAAGAAAGAAGAGGGGAAAGACGGUGCCAGAGGAGCUGGUCAGAGCCGAAGAUCUCAGCAAGUAUCGCCAAGUGUCCUCCCAUGUUGGUCUGCACAGUGCCAGCAUCCCUGGAAUCCUUGCUCUGGAUUUGUGUCCCACAGACACCAACAAAGUGCUCACAGGUGGCGCGGAUAAGAACGUGGUGGUGUUCGAUCGCAGAGAGGAGCAGAUUGUGGCCACUCUCAAAGGCCACACCAAAAAAGUCUCCUCUGUCAUCUACCACCCAUCUCAGUCACUGGUGUUUUCGGCAUCUCCAGAUAGCACCAUCCGUGUGUGGUCUCUUGCAGCUGGAAACUGUGUGCAGGUGGUCAGAGCUCAUGAGGCAGGAGUUACUGGCCUCUCCCUGCAUGCUACUGGGGAUUACCUGCUGAGUUCCUCUGAGGAUCAGUACUGGGCCUUCUCUGAUAUCCAAACUGGUCGUGUUCUCACCAAAGUCACAGAUGAGACAGCAGGAUGUGCGCUGACCUGUGCUCAGUUCCACCCUGACGGCCUGAUUUUCGGUACCGGUACGGCAGACUCGCAGAUUAAGAUUUGGGAUCUGAAGGAGCGCACUAAUGUGGCCAACUUCCCUGGUCACUCUGGUCCGGUCACCGCCAUCGCUUUCUCUGAGAAUGGAUACUACCUUGCUACUGGUGCUCAGGAUAGCUCUCUGAAGCUGUGGGAUCUGAGGAAGUUGAAGAACUUUAAGACAAUUACUUUGGAUAAUAACUAUGAGGUGAAGUCUCUGGUGUUUGAUCAGAGUGGAACGUACCUGGCUGUUGGAGGGUCUGAUAUUCGAGUUUACAUUUGCAAACAGUGGACUGAGGUUCUCAACUUCACUGAUCACUCAGGUUUGGUGACUGGUGUGGCUUUUGGUGAGCAUGCUCAGUUCCUGUCAUCUACUGGUAUGGACAGAAGCCUCAAGUUCUACAGCCUGUAGGACAAAAAAAAGAGGAACCGAUCAAAUGAGAAGUUCAAUGACAAACAGGAGUUAUGUUUUAGUCCAUGAUCCAUUUUAGUGUAUAAGGAAGAGCUAAGAGCAAUAGAACCCAUCCACAUAACUCAAAAAGCCCAUGGUGAAUUUUACAGUUUCUCUCCUGCAGAUGAAGAUGGACAUUGAAUGAUUUACAUAUACAAUACACUGUAGUGAACUUGGUGAACACAUUCUAUACCAUCUCUAAUCAAUCAUAUGGUUAAUUCUUGAGAUAUGCUUAAAGACUUUUUUUAGUUGCUAUGAAUAAUUUUGCAUUUUUUGUCAACCAUUUUCUUUUCCUGCUCUGUAUUUCUAGGGUCUUUUUACUUUCUGGAUUAGUGGUGUCGCUAUUAGUCUUCUGUGCCUAAUUUUUUUUGUACCUUGCCAUGAGCUGAAAACAGAAAUGAAUGCAAAUUAGAUUUCAAUAAAGACUUGUUGUUUUUAA